AUGAGAGGACAUUUUUCUAUCGAGUGGAUGGCUCAGAGCAGCCAGCCGACGGGUACGGAGACCCUCGCUGCUUCUGGGCCCGCCGCCUGUGGGACGCAUUCGGAGAGUCUGCCGGGUUUUUACUGCAGGCAAAAGGCAGAAAACGUACCUGAACAGGAGCAGCAAGGCCUGGAUGCACACAACCUGUCCAGCUCCAGUAUGAGCACUCUACAGCACCAAAGCAGUCACAGUAAUCAAGCAUCUUUUGGGAAAACGUCAUUAAAAGUACUUUCCUCUUUCUUCAUCUCUCCAGUGACAGAGGCUGGUUUCAGCAGCGGUACAGAAGAGGAGACGUCCGGGUACGAGAGCGAAGGGGGUCGUUCUCUUUCCCCCGCGGCCUCCGCAGACUGCGCCUCCACCUCGCCGGCCUCCCCUCCGUCGGGGAGACGACCCCGUACGGCCUUCACGGCGGAACAGAUCAGCAGCCUGGAGAGGGCCUUCAAGAGGAACGCUUACCUGGGAACGCAAGACAAGGCCGAGCUCUGCAAGAAGCUCAACCUGUCUGACAAACAGAUCCGUAACUGGUUCCAGAACAGGCGGAUGAAGCUGAAGAGGACGGUGCAGGACGCCCUGGCUCACGCCUGCCAGGCAAACGUCGCCUCUCAGUUCAUGCAUUAUCCCGAGCUGCAGGCUUACAGGCCGGGACCGUACCCCAGAUACCACUCAGCAGCGGCGGUGGCGGCAGCGGCGGCAGCACAGGAAGCUCCGGCUGCUGCUGCUGCUGCCUCAUACGUCCAUCCACACAGCCUGCAGUACAGCUCCGCUCUGCCCAGUGUCUCCACACUGCCUCUGGACUCUUUUUACCAGUACAGCAGCCUCCCGGGAGUGAUGCUGCCCUCUGCCACCACUCAACUCUCUCACUACCCGACUUAUCCUCAAUAUUACUGAAACCGUCACUGACGUCGCUGCUGUGAUAUUUUGUCCAACUGAGACAAAAUGAGAUUGUAUUGAUUUUAUUUUUUGAACAAAAAGAAAAGUUCUCAUCUUAUCCUAAUAGGAUCAAUUCCAGUAGAAACAGAUGCUUUAUAAGAAACACGGCACAAGUUUCAUCAUGGAUCAAACAGGGUGGUGUGCAAUAUUGUGAUUUGUGUGUGUGCCUCUGCUUGUAACUGAUGUAUAGUUUGGAUAUAUUUAAAUUUGAAUUCUAAGAAAUGUUUUAUUUGAUUUUUUGUUGUUAUAUCACUGUGGAAUCAGAUUACUUAAAUAAAAUGAUUAUUAAAACAUUACAGAUUAUCAGAUGUUGAUUUCUUGAGCUGAUAAUACUUCUGUACU